UUUUUUUCUUACAGCGGAAGUGAUCACAUUGUUAAACAGACAUGUCUUUUUCGUGCGGUUGCUGUAGAACUCUUGGCCAGGUGCUUUUUGAAUACGACACUCCGAGAAUAGUGUCAAUAAAAAGCAGAAAGGUCGGACUGAUAAACAGACUUGUACAGCUGGGGAUCUUGGCGUAUGUGAUUGGCUGGGUGUUUGUUUGGCAGAAGGGUUACCAGCAGUUUGACUUGGUCAUCAGUUCAGUAACAACCAAGGUGAAGGGGGUUGCAGUGACCAACACCACUGACCAGGGGGUGAAGAUCUGGGAUGUGGCUGAUUAUAUUAUCCCACCACAGGAAGAGAGUUCCUUUUUUGUGAUGACAAACCUAAUCAUGACUCUGAACCAGCAGCAGGGGCGCUGUCCUGAGAUGCCAGAGGACAGCCCACACUGUAUCUCAGACAGUAACUGUACUGCAGGAUCACAAUCGCCUAGAAGCAAUGGUAUUCAGACUGGAAAAUGUGUUUCUGCCCACAAUAGCACAUCUGUUCACACCUGUGAAGUACUUGCUUGGUGUCCCUUGGAAAAUGACGUCGACCUCUCUCACCACCCUGCCCUUCUGAAAGAUGCAGAACAAUUUACAGUACUAAUAAAGAACAACAUCAGAUAUCCCAAAUUUAAUUUCACCAAGAGAAAUAUUUUGCCGCAUAUUAACAGCAGCUAUCUGAAGCAAUGUGUAUUUAACCGGGUGACUGAUCCAGACUGUCCCGUCUUCAGACUGGGAGACAUUGUCCGAGAGGCUGGAGAGGACUUCCAGGAAAUUGCUGUGGAGGGUGGAGUGAUGGGAAUCCAGAUUAAAUGGGAUUGUGAUCUGGAUCAGUCGGUCUCCAGGUGCGUCCCUCAGUACACCUUCCGCAGGCUGGACAACAAGGAUGUGCAGAACACAGUCGCACCUGGAUACAACUUCCGAUUUGCCAAAUAUUAUAAGGGUCUUGGCGAGGUUGAAUCCAGAACACUGAUCAAGGCGUAUGGAAUCCGCUUUGAUGUCAUGGUGUUUGGAAAGGCAGGAAAAUUUGACAUUAUUCCAACGAUGAUAAACAUUGGCUCAGGUCUGGCACUUCUGGGAGUGGCUACAGUUCUGUGUGAUGUGAUUGUCCUGCACAUACUGAAGAAGAAGCAUUUUUAUAGAGAAAAGAAAUACAAAUACGUAGAAGACUAUGAUCUGGUAGGAAAUUCACCUGAAUGUGAACUCCCCUAGGCAGUCUUUCACAGAGGUUCUGCGUAACCAGGCAGGGCUGCGCAUCGGGCUCUGCACUCUAUGGAAACCAAGUGCACGUUGUGAUGGUGUGUUAACCUUGCCUUGGAUGAACAGAGCUCAGACUCUAAUGGGCCCUACUCAGAUGCUGUAUGGCAAUGCUAGAACCCAGACGAUGUUCAUGAACUUUAGUAGAUGGGUCUGUUCACUUAGUUAAGUUAUACCUACCUUGAACUGAUUGUACUUGUGGAGAAUCGCUUGUAUCAGGAUUCAUUGGCAAAUGUAUUUUUUUGUUUUCUAAUCACUGGAGAAUUUAUUGAAAAUCUUUUUUUUUUUCACUUGUUGUAAAA